GUGUCAUUGUGCGCGCGGCUGCGCCGGCUGGCUUUCCUCUCUUCUCUCCAGCUGGGGCUGCGGAACCGUCCCCGGCUCGCUCGCUCGCUCGCUCCAGAUCGCCUUUGGGAGCGGAGCGGAGCCGCAUCUGCAGGCAGCAAGGCGAAUUCGCCAGGCUCUGAGGGACGCCCGGCUGACAAGGGUCAGGGUCUGCGCUCGUAGGAGCUCGCCUUCCAGCCUGUUCCUGGAACUGCCAGCCCUCCAGGCGUCAUGGAAGAGUGGGACGUACCCCAGAUGAAAAAAGAAGUUGAGAGUCUGAAAUACCAACUGGCUUUCAAGAGGGAGAUGUCUUCAAAAACAAUACCCGAACUGCUGAAGUGGAUCGAAGAUGGAAUACCCAAUGACCCAUUUCUGAACCCGGAUCUGAUGAAGAACAACCCUUGGGUGGAGAAGGGGAAAUGUACCAUCCUGUAGUGAGUGGCUCCAGCCCCUCCCCCCCAGACCUGCCCUGGAGCAGCAUCGACUCACCAACCACCCAGGACAGUGAAUUCUUCCCCAAAUGCUCCACUUCCUCCCACUGACUCAAUCUCUUCUCUCUGGUUUUCAGUUAGAUUCAUCCCGCACUAAUGUAACCUUAUUAUCGCCUUGGCUUCUCAUUGGUAUGGGGGGUGGGG